AUUAAAUCUAAACGCUUACACAAAAGAGAGAGAGGGGACAACUGCAAUGGUAAUCUAACCUUGUUUAGAGAGAGAGGCAAACUUCUGACGGCGGGAAGGUGAAGAUUGUUUAGGACUUUGACUGUGAACACUUUUAAACUUAUAAUGACUUUACAAAAAAAUAUUGGCUGUGGCUUUAGAAAAAAAAAAGAGUAAAAGUCACAAAUUAACGUGAAGGGAAUAUGGAAGUUGAGACUUUUAAACUGCAUGUCUAUAUUGCUUAAGAAAUAAUGGAAUUUUCGGCAUGAUGAAUAUAAUUUUCGAUGUCAGACUCAUAACUAUACUUUUUACACGAAAAAAAAAAACAUCCUCUUUAGUGUCCACGACACUUGUAGAUUUAUAUGGCAGCCAUUAAAAAAGCUAAACAAAUAUUCUUCGCAAUAACUUAAAGAAAGAAAACAUGCCAAUGGUCAUGUAGAAGAAGACAUAAUCUAACAUAUUUUUCAAUAGCAAAAUCCUUGAAAGUGUCACGAAAGCACCAAUUUACAAAAAGUGUGGUCCACUUCAAUGCCUUUCUAUCAGCCCAUUCUCAGCCAAUCUCUACCAUAACCUCACCCUCUUUGCGAUCUAACUAGAGAGAAAUUGACCAUGCAUCCAGACUAUGAUAGUUCAAGUAUAAACAACAUGCAACAACAAGACUACUUCCACUUAAACCACUAUUACAGCAACUUAAACCCUUCAACCAAUAACAAUCUCAAUCUUAUCUCAUACCCUCAAAUGCAAGAACUCAAUAAUCUACAAUCUCCGGCAAGCCACAACUCUACCACGUCCGAUGAAGCAACUGAAGAUGUAUUCCAAGUUGCUUGGCUUCGAAGCGAGAAUCACCAGAUUUUAGACAAGCUUAACAAAGCCUCGGAUAGCAAUGAUCUUGUUCUUCAAGAGAACGUGAUUCUAAAAGAGGAAAACUUGGAACUUCGUCAAGUAAUCACAUCUAUGAAGAAGCUUGGAGGAGCAGAAGGAGGAAGCACAAGUUUCCAUGAAAGAUAUUGUUCUUCUUCCUUGGAUCAUGACUUGGAUCAAGACUUCUCUUGUAUUACAAAUGAUCCAAAGACUCAUCAUCCGUCAUGAGCUGUUGUGAUCGAACUUUAAGUUUCCGAGACUAUAUUUUUCUAGGCUGAGAAUAAAGCUGAGUUCUUAUGUAUUUUUCACUGAGCUAGCUAGCACCGUUGAGACAUUACUUUUUAACGGUUUAACUACGUACUAAAGUUUGCGUUAUCUUUUGAUGAAUAGUGAAUUUGAAUAUUACUUCUAUCUAUUGUA